AUGACAUGGGAGGAAAAGUCACACAGCAGAACAAACCCGCCUGAUUUUGAACCUUCCAGAGAUGAGGAACAUCAGCUGGAGAAGGCAACAAUUGCACCUCAGAAUGAGGAUUCCAAGCAUGUUUCAGUUUCUUGCUCUGUGUGUCAACAAGCAAUAUAUCCACACCACCUUCUUUAUCAUAAAAAAAGCCACAAAGCCCAAACUUUGCUGGGCUUUGACAGCCCACAGAGAAGGACUGACAAGAAGACACUUCUAGCUCAGAGACAGACACUCAUUUCAACAUUGACACAGACUCUUAAAUAUUCUGAGAGACACAGGCAGAAGAUUGAUUAUUCCUUUGAAUUCCUCAUGGAUAAUCACACUCCUACACGUUGUGAUCUUGCCAGUAUUAACCAUCCUAGUACUUAUAAGAAAGUAAAUAAUUCUUUGAUAAAAGCAUUAUCAGUUUGCCAAGAUAAGAACUCCCUGUGGCAGGGAGACAUGGAAGACAGAUUUAUUGUGCUUGACAACUAUGGCAACAGAGCAGGAACAAGUUUUCUGGGGUUAGUCGAUGGCUUUCGUGGUGCAACAGCUGCAGAAAGAGUUGCAACGGAGCUCCCACUUUUAUUCCUUGACCAGCUUGCUCAAACAGAUUGCUCCUACAAAAAGAGUAAGGAGGAACAGCAGAUUCUAGAUUCUUUUGCCACAGUCAUCAAGGCAGAUUACAGGGAGAGAGAGAAGAUUUUCUCUGAUAAAUCAGGCGUUGACAAGAGCAACCCUUACGGAUGGAUCCACAAAGCAUACGCCAAGUCCUUCUGGAGAAUGGACAGGCUCUUGCGACUGGGCAGGAAUGAGGCUUCCAAAGUCCGCUGGAGUGGCUGCUCAGCUGUUACCUGCUUGGUGGAAAGAAUCCCCAGCAGAGAGAGAAGUGGCACUGAGGAAGGAGAAAGAAAACCUUCUGAAAACACACACAGUCCAUCAUCCAAGACAGCCCAAGGCGCUGCAGGGUUACUGCACAUUGCCAACAUAGGUAAUGCACAUGCAGUUCUGUGUAAAAAUGGCAAGAGUCACUGCCUCUCAGAAGAGCACAGCACUGCUAAUGCAAGGGAGAGAAAACGUGUACUUCAGAAUGGUGGCAGCAUCAGCACUAACGAACCAGAUGGAUUAGUAGAGGGGUACCUGAGAACUACCAGGGGUCUUGGACAUCAUGGAGAUCUCAUCCUGAAAAGAUCUGUUAUACCUGUACCUCAUACUAUCUCUGUCCCCAUUGAUGACACCUGCCAGUUUCUUAUUUUGGCUUCUAAUGGGCUUUGGGAGGUUUUGGAUUAUGAGGAAGUGCUUGCAUUAACUCUAACGACAUUCACUCAUUAUUUGAGAAUGUAUGAAUAUAUUCAACAAAACAGGAUGUCACCAUACAAGUGUCAGUACCUGAUGCUCCUCACUGAAGACAACUUAAAUGACUCAGAGGCUACUAAUGACCUGCAAGAUGGAGCAGAGGUACUGUAUUCCCAUACAGAGAUUUUGCUCAGUGACUCAAAAGAUAGCCUGAAACAAAUCAAGCCAAAGAGUUCUAGGAAGAACUUUUUGCAAAGUGGAGCUCCUAAGGGACCUGAUGACCAUAAACAUCAAGCUGAUCCUGAACUGCCUCUUUUCAGUAACAAUUCAGUAAAUUCACAGAAUGGAGAGACUGAACAGUCAGAUUCUAAAAGUGGCUCUGAGGAACUGAAACAGUUUGAAGACAGAAAUGUUUAUCAAUCUAACACUUUUCUGCCACAGUCACAGACUACAAAGCAAGAAGAAACAGACACUGACACUUUCUGUGCGACCAGCCACACACAUGAACAGCUGCCAGAGAAUCUACUGGCAACAGGGUUCAAAGACAUGAAGCAACCCCCAACAGAUACAAAAGCUUCCUCAUGUAAUUAUGACUCAGGUCCACAACUGGCAGAAAAGAUGGACUCCAAAAUAUUUUGUGAUGAAUCUGCAACUUAUGCUAGUCAAGAACUGCUGCAGACUGUAUCACCAGUGAGUUCUAAACCACCACCACAGUAUGAGGACAGUAUAAAAAUCCACCCAUCCAAUCGUGGAUCCCAAACUGCAGGAAAAGGCAGAGUCAUCUCUGAGACACUCUAUGAUGAUGCAGCAAGCUACAUUAGUGAGCAACUGGUGAAGACUGCAUUAGCUGCAGGUUCAAGAGACAACAUUACUGUUCUGAUUGUUCUUCUAAAUGGAUGUGAUAAGAUACCAAAUCACCUCAGCAUUUAA